GCCGGGCAUUCUCGCCGCCCUCCUUCUUUAAGUUAGCGAACUGGCCGUCUAGUCGUGGUGGGAAAGGAAAAGUCGGAAGAGAAGAAGUCAAGGAAGAAUUCUGGGGGAUGGGGUUGCGUGGCUAGACUACUUUUGUUUCCCAUGGGGUACAGCUGAGGCUUCCCUUGGCGUCAUUGUCGGUACGCUCGCAGAGCAUCGUGGGUAGGAGGGAGAUUCGGUCUCCCAGCUCGGAAAGAUGGCGGACGCUUUCGGGGAUGAGCUCUUCAGCGUGUUUGAGGACGACUCGGCCACCGCACCCGGAACUAAAAACGACAGAGAGAAGGAGAAGGGGAAAUGGAAAGGGCCGCCAGGGUCUGCAGAAAAGGGCGGGAAACGUUUUGAUGGUAAAUUACAAUCGGAGUCAACUAAUACUGCAAAAACCAAGAGAGAUGCAGAUUUUGAGGGCACAGAUGAACCCAUAUUUGGAAAGAAGCCUAGGGUGGAAGAAUCAAUAAAUGAAGAUUUAAGUUUGGCUGACUUGAUGCCCAGAGUCAAGGUACAAUCAGUUGAAACUGUUGAAGGGUGUACACAUGAGGUUGCACUUCCUGCAGAUGAAGAUUAUUUACCACUUAAACCUCGAGUUGGAAAAGCUGCAAAGGAAUACCCGUUCAUUCUUGAUGCUUUUCAAAGAGAAGCCAUUCAGUGUGUUGAUAAUAAUCAGUCUGUUUUAGUAUCUGCACAUACAUCAGCAGGAAAAACUGUAUGCGCUGAGUAUGCCAUUGCAUUGGCCUUAAGGGAAAAACAGCGUGUAAUAUUCACCAGCCCAAUUAAGGCUCUGAGUAACCAGAAAUACCGAGAAAUGUAUGAAGAGUUUCAAGAUGUUGGUUUGAUGACUGGAGAUGUUACUAUUAAUCCUACAGCAUCUUGUCUUGUUAUGACCACAGAGAUUUUGAGAAGUAUGCUGUACAGAGGUUCUGAAGUUAUGCGAGAAGUUGCUUGGGUCAUAUUUGAUGAAAUUCAUUACAUGAGAGAUUCAGAGCGUGGUGUUGUAUGGGAAGAAACUAUUAUUUUGCUUCCUGACAAUGUCCACUAUGUCUUUCUUUCGGCUACUAUUCCAAAUGCCCGACAGUUUGCUGAAUGGAUUUGCCAUUUACAUAAACAGCCUUGUCAUGUAAUUUACACAGAUUAUCGGCCUACACCACUGCAGCACUACAUUUUUCCAGCAGGGGGAGAUGGCCUGCACCUUGUGGUUGAUGAAAAUGGUGACUUCAGAGAAGAUAAUUUUAAUACUGCAAUGCAAGUACUUCGAGAUGCUGGUGAUUUGGCAAAAGGAGAUCAGAAGGGGCGAAAAGGAGGAACAAAAGGACCAUCAAAUGUGUUCAAGAUUGUGAAGAUGAUUAUGGAAAGAAAUUUUCAACCUGUAAUUAUUUUCAGCUUUAGUAAGAAGGAUUGUGAAGCCUAUGCUCUUCAGAUGACCAAAUUAGAUUUUAACACAGAUGAAGAAAAGAAGAUGGUUGAAGAAGUAUUCAGUAAUGCCAUUGACUGCUUGUCUGAUGAAGAUAAAAAACUCCCUCAGGUCGAACAUGUACUUCCUCUUUUGAAGCGGGGAAUUGGUAUUCACCAUGGUGGCUUACUUCCUAUUUUGAAAGAAACUAUAGAAAUUCUCUUUUCUGAAGGAUUGAUAAAGGCCUUAUUUGCCACAGAGACUUUUGCCAUGGGAAUUAAUAUGCCAGCUAGAACUGUUUUAUUUACAAAUGCCCGAAAAUUUGAUGGGAAAGAUUUCCGAUGGAUUUCCUCUGGUGAAUACAUUCAGAUGUCUGGUCGAGCUGGAAGGAGGGGAAUGGAUGAUAGAGGAAUUGUGAUUCUUAUGGUGGAUGAAAAGAUGAGCCCAACGAUUGGAAAACAGCUACUUAAGGGCUCAGCUGAUCCUCUAAAUAGUGCUUUCCAUUUGACCUACAACAUGGUUUUGAACUUGCUACGUGUAGAAGAAAUUAAUCCUGAGUACAUGUUGGAAAAGUCCUUUUACCAGUUUCAACAUUAUAGAGCAAUUCCAGGAGUAGUAGAGAAGGUAAAGAACUCAGAAGAACAGUAUAAUAAAAUAGUAAUACCAAAUGAGGAAAGUGUUGUCAUCUAUUAUAAGAUUAGACAGCAGCUUGCCAAACUGGGUAAAGAAAUUGAAGAAUAUAUUCACAAACCAAAAUACUGCUUACCAUUUCUACAGCCAGGUCGUUUGGUAAAGGUAAAGAAUGAAGGAGAUGAUUUUGGCUGGGGAGUAGUGGUAAAUUUCUCCAAAAAGUCAAAUGUCAAGCCUAAUUCUGGUGAACUGGAUCCUUUAUAUGUAGUAGAAGUACUUCUGCGCUGUAGCAAAGAAAGUUUGAAAAAUUCAGCUACUGAGGCUGCAAAACCAGCUAAGCCUGAUGAGAAAGGAGAGAUGCAGGUUGUUCCAGUUUUGGUGCACCUCCUGUCUGCUAUCAGCAGUGUUAGGCUUUAUAUUCCUAAAGACCUUCGGCCAGUGGAUAAUAGACAGAGUGUUUUAAAGUCAAUACAGGAAGUUCAGAAACGUUUUCCUGAUGGUGUUCCCUUAUUAGAUCCUAUUGAUGAUAUGGGCAUUCAAGAUCAAGGGCUGAAAAAAGUCAUCCAGAAAGUAGAGGCUUUUGAACAUAGAAUGUAUUCUCAUCCACUUCACAAUGAUCCAAAUUUGGAAACAGUGUAUACUCUUUGUGAAAAAAAAGCACAGAUUGCAAUAGAUAUUAAAUCUGCAAAGCGAGAACUAAAGAAAGCAAGAACUGUCCUACAAAUGGAUGAGCUCAAAUGCCGCAAACGUGUUUUAAGGAGGUUGGGAUUUGCUACUUCUUCUGAUGUCAUAGAGAUGAAAGGACGAGUGGCUUGUGAGAUAAGCAGUGCUGAUGAACUCCUUCUAACUGAGAUGAUGUUUAAUGGCCUUUUCAAUGACCUGUCUGCAGAACAGGCAACGGCACUACUAAGCUGCUUCGUGUUUCAAGAGAAUUCAAGUGAGAUGCCCAAAUUAACUGAGCAGUUAGCAGGACCACUUCGUCAAAUGCAGGAAUGUGCUAAAAGAAUUGCAAAAGUUUCAGCAGAAGCCAAAUUGGAAAUUGAUGAGGAAACUUAUCUAAGCUCAUUCAAACCUCACUUAAUGGAUGUAGUGUAUACCUGGGCAACGGGAGCAACAUUUGCUCAUAUCUGCAAGAUGACAGAUGUCUUUGAAGGCAGCAUAAUUCGUUGUAUGAGGCGCCUGGAAGAACUGCUUAGACAGAUGUGUCAAGCAGCAAAAGCCAUUGGAAAUACUGAGCUGGAAAACAAAUUUGCAGAAGGAAUCACCAAAAUCAAGAGAGAUAUUGUAUUUGCUGCCAGCCUCUACUUGUAAAAAGAGCCAGCGAAAUGAAUGUGGGAUUUUAAAGUUUUCACCACCUGAUUACAGCUGACUACAUACAAAUGCUUACACAAGUA